AUUAAUAAAAAUGUCAGCAAGAGAAUCAGGUAGGAUAAAGGAUGCUUAUCAAAAAAGAGUCCUCGAUGAUGCUGCUCGCAAGCGUAGACAAAAGAAAGCGCUGGAAGCUUUGGAGCAAGAUAACUUUCACGAUGAUCCGCACGCUGAUUUAGUAAUGAGCAAGAAAGUACCCAAAUUUCAGGAAACAUUGGACAAUAGAGGUGGUAGAAAAAAGAAAACCAGAUCUGCGGAAUAUUAUAAGCAACGUUUUCGUAAAACAUUUGGCCAAUUGGUUGAAGAAGAUCUCAAUGCGAAUCCAUCUCCACCUAAUUAUGUCUCUGCGCAAGCUCCCCCAUCUCGUUUUCCUGAAAGACAUUUUUGUGCAGUUUGCGGUUUUCCUAGUAAUUACACAUGCAUUCCAUGUGGAGCUAGAUACUGCAGUGUCAAGUGUUUAGGUACACAUCUCGAUACAAGAUGUUUAAAAUGGACAGCUUAGAUUAUUUAUUUUUUUUGUCCUUAUCGUACUAUAAAGAAAAUAUAAUUGAACAUUUACAAAGAAAUAAUUAAAAAUAAUAUUUUAUAUGAAAAUUUAUGAUCCUUUUAUAAUAUAAAUUAAAAUAUGUAUAUAAAUUUAUAA